AUCGCGCACGUGUGUCUGGUGUGCAAACGCCGCAACGUGGUGCCGCGUGAGAGCGUGUCCCCUCCGUCUUAUUAAUUUUUUUCACUGUCUCAUUUGCUCUUAUCUUUCUACGUGUACAACCACGUUGCACGGAGACGUGGGCGUGCAUGGUGAUGCAGACGCGGCAGGCUAUAACGGCUGGAAUUGUAACGUGGACCAGCGUGUAACACGCGCGAAUUUUAACAAGGGACGCAGUCGACUACGUGCAUCGGCCGCAAACCUGAGAAGAUGCCGGACAAGGUAGCGCCAGCAGAGAAGGUCCUGCAACCGAGCUCCAUAGGGCCAAAUGGUGACAGUGACGACAACAUACAGAGCGACCAAGGCGUUAAGCUAAAGAAGGAGCUCGGCCUAUUAGAUGGAGUGGCGAUUAUUGUCGGUAUCAUUGUCGGCGCAGGUAUCUUUGUGUCGCCGAAGGGUGUGCUCGAAAACAGCGGCAGCGUCGGUCAAGCUCUCAUCAUCUGGGUCUUUUCCGGAAUUCUGUCGCUUAUCGGCGCUCUAUGCUACGCCGAGCUCGGUACGAUGAUCCCGAAAUCCGGUGGUGACUAUGCGUACAUCAGUGACGCUUUCGGACCGUUACCUGCAUUCCUCUACCUCUGGGUGGCAUUAUUCGUCCUGGUCCCAACGGGGAAUGCCAUCACCGCUCUCACGUUCGCGCAAUACAUUCUACAGCCCGUAUGGCCAGGUUGCACUCCUCCGUAUGCGGCAGUACGGCUACUAGCUGCCGUAGUCACGUGUCUCUUGACCGCUAUCAAUUGCUACAACGUCAAGUGGGCGACCAGGGUACAAGACAUCUUCACGGGCACGAAAAUCUUUGCCCUAGUGAUCAUCAUGGUGGCUGGCUUCUGGUGGUUUUGCAAAGGUCACACGGAAAACUUCCAGCAUCCAAUAGCCGGAACCAACACUCAGCCUGGUUACAUUGCUUUAGCUGUUUACUCGGGAUUAUUCUCCUACUCGGGUUGGAAUUACCUCAACUUCGUGACGGAGGAACUGAAGGAUCCCUACAAGAAUCUUCCGAAAGCAAUUUGUAUAUCAUUGCCAUUAGUGACAGUGAUUUAUGUCUUCGCGAACAUCGCCUACUUCGUCGUGCUUACACAAGACGAGAUACUCGCUUCGAACGCCGUCGCCGUGACCUUCGGGGACAAACUGUUAGGCGUUAUGUCGUGGAUCAUACCGUUCUUCGUAGCAUGCUCGACUUUCGGUGCAUUGAACGGCGCGAUCUUUGCGUCAUCCAGGCUGUUCUUCGUUGGUGCCCGAAACGGGCACCUUCCCACUGCCAUUGCCCUGAUCAACAUCCGCAACCUAACACCGAUGCCAUCUCUCAUCUUCCUCUGCAUUAUCACCCUGGUGCUCCUCAUCAUAGAGGAUGUCUACGCACUAAUAAAUUAUGUCAGCUUCGUUGAAGCUCUAUUUACCACACUCUCCGUGUCUGGUCUCCUGUGGCUGCGUUACAAAAGGCCUGAUCUCGAACGUCCCAUAAAGGUUUGGAUAGCUCUGCCAAUCAUCUUCUUCAUAAUCUGCGCAUUUUUGGUCACCGUGCCGUGCUACGUAUCGCCAUGGGAAGUAGGCGUAGGCGUAAUCGUAAUAAUAUCUGGCAUUCCCGUGUACUUGAUCUUCAUCCACUGGAAGGAGAAACCCGCAUGGCUCGUCAAUGGAUCCCAUCAUAUCAAUAUUAUAUGUGCCAAGUUGUUCAUGUGCGUGCAAGAGGACAAGACCGAGUGAGUACUGGAGAAAGCGCUGCGGUUGUUGCAAAAA